AUGCGGCUCAUGAGACAUGUUCCGCUCCUCGAGUCGACAUUGAAGACUGUCGCUUUCCGGCCACUCCUCUCGUCGCAAUGCCAUCGUUAUCGAUAUUCGUCCACUUCCGCGGCAUACCCUGAGCGGAUAGCUGUGCUGGGUGGAGGCAUUGCCGGCCUUGCGAGCGCGUAUUUCGUGGGCAAGGAGUUUCCGAACAGCAAGAUUACCAUCUUUGAGUCGGGGAAAGAGACGGGCGGAUGGAUCAAGUCUAGGAGAGUGGAUGUACCGGGUGGUGAUAUCCUGUUCGAACUAGGACCGAGGACAUUGCGGAAUGCGACGCCCACGGCUUCUUUGAUUCAAGAGCUUGACUUGGUCAAGGAUAUAACGUACACGAAGCGCACCGAACCCGGCGCAAAGAACCGCUUUAUAUAUUUCCCCGAUCGAUUGAACCGAUUACCCUCUGAGAGUCCUAGCUUAGUAGACUUAUUCACGCUAUGGCGGUCUGGCAUACUCGGCGGCGCGUUCGGCGCGAUCAAAGAACCCCUCAUUCCAACACGUCCCCAAGACAUGACAGACGAGACUGUCGGCUCCUUCCUAGCGCGCCGUGUGGACAAGCGGGUAGCGGACAACAUCGUCUCAGCCGUUUUCCACGGUAUAUACGCGGGUGAUAUAUGGCAGCUUAGCGCAAAGACGUUGUUGAGUUUGGCGUGGCAGCUGGAGGGCAGAUAUGGCAGUGCGUUGGGGGGCUUUUUCAGGAUGCAGAGUGAGGAUCCGAGGCCGCAGCAGUUGACGAUUGUGCACCCGUAUGAUCUCGAGGUCUCGAAAGCUAUUAAUGAGGAGAUUGAUUUGGAUCUGGAGUUUACUCAGAACCUCAAAGAGGCGAGCAUGUUUACGUUCAAGGAUGGCUUGCAGCAUUUGGUGCGGGCUCUGCAAAAGAGCGUGGAGGGGAAGGGGAAUGUUCAGGUCAAAACGGAGAGCCCGAUACAGUCUUUCAAACCGAUUGAGGGCGAGAUGGGGGUUGAGAUUAUCUCAGGGAAUGAGCCCUCCACCCAAAAGGAGAACUUCGACCUAGUCAUCUCCACGCUCCGCAACGACGAACUCACACCCUACAUAACCGUCAUGACGGUCAAUCUAUACUACUCCAAUCCCGCUUUACUCCCCGUCGAAGGGUUUGGCUACCUCAUUCCGCAAUCCAUCCCCUUCGAGGAAAACCCAGAGCGCGCACUAGGCGUCAUCUUCGACUCGUCCGCUAUCAAGGGCCAGGACACGGCCGAAGGCACCAAAAUCACAGUCAUGAUGGGCGGACACUGGUGGGACGGCUGGGAAAGCUAUUCGAGCGAAGAAGAAGGAUUAGAAAUGGCGAAAUCCGUUAUCAAACGCCACAUCGGCAUUACGGACGAGCCAGUCGCGCAUUGCGCCAAUCUCUCCAAAAGCUGUAUACCGCAGUACACACUAGGCUAUGAAGACCGCCUGCGCGACUUUGCGAACGGUAUUACGAAUGAGUUCAAGGGCCGAUUACGCGUCGUGGGUAGUCAGUUUAAUGGCGUGAGUGUUAAUGAUUGUAUUACUGGUGCGUGGAACAUUGCUAGGGGGCUCAGAGGAGAGGGGUGGAAGAGUAGGAGUUGUGGGCUUGACAGGGUUGUGGAUUCCAGGGCAUGGACGGUUGUGCCUGUUGGUGACAUGGCUUACAAAAAGAAGAGUGUGUAUCAGUAUAAGCAGGGUGAUGGGGAGGUGUGA